AGUUUGGGAGGUGCGGCGCACAGCUCAAAAAGUUUGAGCGAACGGCAAGACUGUGCUUAGUCUUUAUAGGUUUGGCUUGCUGUCUUAAUUGGUUUCCUCUCAAUAUUUUGCAAGCUAAUUAAAUUUAGGUAAAAUUACAAAAAAAAUGAUUUGGCCUUCUCUAGGAUGGCACCUACAAUCUUUGUCUCCGGACCAUGCCGCUCUAACCACUAAGUUAAGUCCUAUUGAAGUCGAAUGCAUUUUGUUACAAUCAUUUCGUAAGAUUUUGAUGAUUUCGCCGUAUGUGUAAUAAGUGGAGACUAUCGCCGCUAGUGGCGGGACCACUUGAUAGGAAUUCGAGGGGGCGGAACUGAGUUUGAAGGACGCAUGUCCGUAGAGGACCCAUCAAGACAACGCCAUCUCCGAGAGAAUCUUCCGCCAUAAGAGACGCGUCGCGUACCCAUAAGUAAUGGCUCUGCUAUAGACUCCUGAUCUCUUCACGGCUGUGUUGGCUUCCCCAUCCCGGUUUUAGGGUAAAUGAAAGCCGAUUUUCAGAGAUUUUAGGGCGUAGCCUGUCAGAAUUGUGAAGUGGAAACGUUAAAAAGAGCCAUCUAGGCUCUCAAAAGUAGCUGAACGUAGUAGCUGACACACUCACUAGAGGCGCUUUAGGAGCUUUAGGCGCUUCCGAGCUAUGGAGCGGGACAUACAGACAUACAAAGUGACAUGGUUUUUAUUUUUCUGCGUAUGCGAUUAUUAGCUUCGCCCUUCGGGCUCGCAAAAAUAUUUAAAAAUAUGUGUUGACAAUUCAAUCUUCAAAGUUCGAAAUUCAGGAAUGUCAAAACUCAAAACUACAUAUGCUAUGUACCGUGUGAUGUGGAAGCAUUGAAGGGUGCCUUACCUGUCUCAUCACUUCAUCAGUAGGAAAAGAAACAAGUAAAGAUAAUUUAACACUUGGUUUUAGAUUUAAUGAGGGAAAUAAAUGUAUUAACGAUUAGGAAGUCCCAGAAGAGCCACGAGAGGCGCUUAAAUUCUUGCUCUUUUUGCACCACUUGACUGUAGAUACUAGAUAGUCCGGACGAGGAUUUUCAGUUUUCGCAUGGCAGUUCAUUUAAAACAAGGAUUAACUUAUUCGUGAUGUUUAGUUGUACGUUUAUCUUUGGAUUUCUUGGUCAUUGGUCGCAGUUUAUGCUUUAUGGUCAACAGUUAAAAAAAUUAUGCAUUGGUCGUAAAAAUCGCGCAGCAUCCGGCAAUGCCAGCCAGAAUCUGUCAAACUUGCGUCUUCUGCUACAAUGCUGUCAUUUGUGCGCGUUUGUGUUCUGCAGUUUCUGCUACUUUACGUACACGUGUUUUCGAUUCUCGUCUCUUCAGAGAAUAGUAAGAAAAAUCAGAAAUAAACAUUUUUCCGGAUGUCCAAAGCUACAAAAAGAAAGCAUGUCACAAAGGAGGUAUUGGAUGAUUAUGUGCUCCCAGAAGAUAAUCAGAAAAUAGUUAAGAUAUUAGGAGGAAAAGGAAAUAAUUUGCAUGAAAUAGAAACUUCUGUAGGUGAAAAAUAUUUAGUUUCUAUGCCAACAAAAUUUAGGAAAAAUGUGUGGAUUAAGCGAGGUGAUUUUGUCUUGAUUCAGCCCAUUGAAGAAGGAGAAAAAGUAAAGGCAGAAAUUGUUGCCAUUCUGUAUGCAGAGCAAAUCAAGUACAUUCAGAGUCAGGGGAAAUGGCCCAAGGAAUUUGUCCCAUUAGCUUCAACAGAAGUUUGUGCAGACAUUAGUUCUGAUGAUGAUGAUAGUUCUUCAGGAAGUGAUGAUUUGUUUGUAAAUACAAACAGACCUCAGUGUGUAUAUGAAUCAACAGACAGUAGUGAAAAUGAAGUAUCUGAUUCUGGUGCCAACAAAGAUGACGAUUAAAAAUAAACUAAAUGUUUUAAUAUG